AAGCCUUUAAACGGGCGCCAUUUUCUGUGUAGGCUCCUGUUCUGCCGCAGCCGGCGUCGCGUCCUGCAAGCUUUCUGUGUGGUCGAGAUAAAACUGAGUAGGUGAUUCAACAUGUCUGACGAGGGAAAGCUCUUCAUUGGUGGUCUGAGCUAUGAUACUACAGAGCAGUCAUUGGAGGAGGCUUUCUCCAAAUAUGGAUCAAUUGCCAAAGUUGAUGUCAUCCGGGACCGUGAGACCGACCGUUCCAGAGGCUUUGGCUUUGUGACUUUUGAAAAUCCAGAGGAUGCAAAGGAUGCCAUGGCUGCAAUGAAUGGAAAGUCUGUAGAUGGCCGCCCGAUUCGCGUUGAUGAAGCUGGCAAAUCUGGUAGACGGUCUGGUGGUUUCAGAGGAGGUUCUGGAGGUGGCAGGGGGUUCUUCAGGGGAGGCAGAGGUAGAGGUGGUGGAGGAUAUGGUGGAGACCGAAGCUACGGAGGUGACAGAAGCUUUGGUGGUGGUGAUAGAGGCUAUGGCGGAGGUGACCGAUCCUAUGGUAGUGGAGAUAGAGGCUAUGGGGGAGGAGAGAGGAGCUAUGGUGGAAGUGACCGAUCCUACAGUGGUGGCGGAUACUCCAACAGGAGUAGUGGAUACUCCGGUGGCAGCGGCGGUGGAUACAGGGAUAACAGAAGCCAGAGUGGAUAUGACCGUUCUGGUGGAUCCUACAGAGACAGUUACGACAGCUACGCUUCACACGAGUAAAAAAAAAAUCCUGAUUGCAAGAUCAUCCCUUCGCUGGCUGUAUAUAAAAAGAUGCGCUCUUGGAAGACCUUUUUUUUUGUUUUUCCUUUUUUUUUUGUUUUUCCUUUACGUUUUGUGUUCUGGUUCAAAUGUUCUAUUAAAGACAGACUCCUUUUUUACCGUGUCAAGUAUCCGCAGGAUGUUCCUCUCAUUGAGGAGCUGCCUAAUGUCCAUGAGCAUUCACUUACUGUAAGAGUUUCAAGCCCUGUGAGGCUACCUGUAUCUGACAUUUUUACCUUGCGAUUGUGUUAUAGAUGCUCACAGAGGUUUGAAAUUGUCCUUUGUUUUCCUUUUUAGUGUGUGUUUAAGAAACUCUGUCUCUGAAACCAUGCGUGAAAAUUGACCUGUCCAACACAGCCUGAUAGCUUCUAAAACCAAUUUCCUCAAAGAUCUUUGGACCAAUUUCUUAAUAUCGGCUCACUGAAAGUGCUUCAAGGGGCAUUUGCAUUUAAACUAUUUUAAAAUGGCACCUGAAAAUAUUCUAAUCUGAUCCUCCAAUAGAAGCUUGAUAAGCUGUGAUGUGUUCUUUAUUGCUCCUUGCCACCUCCAUUUUGUGAUGCAUUCCUUUAGUGAAGCAAGGCAGGCAUGUUGCAUUGGAGUUGUCUCCGGCAAACCUCCUUGAUGUUGCUAAAGAUUUGUAAAUAUCCAUUAUCAAAAGAGUAAACCACUAAAGUGGGUCAUUCCGCCUCACGUUAGGACCGAUGGCCCAAGGUACUUUACUCUUUGACCAGUCUAAAUUUUUUUUUUUUUAAAGUAUGCUCUACUGUGGACUGAACUUAUCCUCUUAAAUGUCAAGAUUUUGUUCCUCCUUGGAAAGAAAUGUGCUCUGUUCUGUAUAUCAACACCUCAGAAUCCUUUUUCUUUUUGUAUUAAUCUGGAUUCAUGAAGCUCAUUAAAAAAUGGUUGGAAAAUG